CGCUCCUCACACGUACGCAGACUGCACCACUCUGUAUCAUGUUCUGUAUCUAUAUGCUGCUGCUUCUAAGUGGUCAAAUCUGUUUGUUCUUCAUGGAGCCUGUGGUUGGAGGUAAGGCUAGGCCAAACAUCACACUACGGCCUCCCACUGGUGAGGUGAUCGAGGGCCAAAACUUCACCAUCACUUGCCACUCUCAGUAUACAGGAGGGCAUUUCCACCUGGAAUUCAAUGGCGUCAACCUUACCACCUUAUCUUACCCCAACUCCUUCUCGGUUGCAUCUGCCAACUCAUCCAACUCAGGAAACUACAGCUGCGUCUAUGUGUCUACAUUUUCCAAUGGCCACCACAACAUUUCCAGGAGUGACAUGGUGAUUGUUAAGGUUACAGUGAAAUCUGAGUUUCCCUUGGUGCUGAUUGUGGCAGGAUCAGCAGGGGGAGCUGUGUUUCUGCUCCUCCUCAUCCUUCUCAGUGUCUGUCUUACCUGUAAGUGCAGGACCCAUUCGGAAUCAGUUGCCCGUAGUACAUACCACAGCCAGCCUCUGGACCGGGAAGGCCUGGAUUCAGAGCCUGAUUACGUGGACACGCCAUCGGAGGGCAGUGGAACCAACUACCUGAACGUGGAGAUGCAGGGUUUUGGGAAAGGAUGCACUUCCGCAGAUGCACCAUCAGAGGACAGCAACGCGAGCUACGUCAAUGUGGAGAUUCCCGAGGAGGAAGAGAGCGAGUGCGAGGACGAUUACGUAAACACGGAGACAAUGCAGAUCGGCAAUGCGCCCGUCGGCUACGGUGACAGCGACAGUGAGCCGGACUACGAGAACUCUGCUUACGUGAAUGGGGACAGCGAAGUGAAUUAAGGCUUUUACGUAGUCUGUAAGUACAGGGCGCAUACGCUGUGCGGACGGACAGUCCGCAGUCGUUCGCCCUUUUCAUACUCCAGUCGUACCACCGCAUACCUAAGCCCUACAUUUCCCACAAUCUCUACGCGUCGUUUUCCUUUUCUGCCGGAAGUUACAGACUGUAAACAACAUGGCCUCGUCCCUGCCCAGCGUUGUGCUCUCCAUGAAUUGUUGUUCUUCUGAAAAUAUUUAUAAUCUCGUUGGGAUGAAUCGCAUAGGUGCCUGUACCUUCUCACCUCUUCAGCCAGUCUCUCUUCAGAUGUCCACCCUAUGUCUAUUUUGUGUAUUCCGCAUCACCGCGUGUUUCCGGUGCCACAUGAAAUGCAUGUCGAUGUGAAACAGUUUCAUACCGAGCCAUGAUUUGUGUGACGCAGGUACGCGUACGCUAGGCACGCGCGGUCACAAAAAUUGAGCUUCGCGCGGACAUGCCCAGGCGGCCGUACACUGAGGUCCGCUAUUUUGUCAUUUUGACCGCGCGGACCCCAGCGGAGUCCGGUCCGUGUAUGCUACGUCUGGACCAUGAAUUGGCCUUUGGAAACACAAGGCAUGGAGCCUAGCCUUCAAGGCGCGGCGGGAGUAACCUCUGUAUUAUGCAUACGUAGGUUUAUAUAUGUAUGAGAGGAAAUGUGUUUAUACUUUUGGUUUUUAUUCAAUAAAUGCACAUAUUGACUGAA